UGAAAAAUUACACCAAUUUGGAGAUUUAAUUUUCAUAGUUGAGUUGUGGAAAAACUGCUCAUUGUAUGUCUGUCAAUACACUUUCAAUACAAAAAUGGAUACUGACUAUUCCAAUUCUACAAAGUGUGAUUUAAAUCAGACAAGCGGAAGUAAACACAAUUCGUCAAAUGGAUUUGAGAAAUCAAUAUUCUCUCCACAAACUGUGUUUUACAGCAGUUCUGGAAAAGACAGCGCAGCUAAAUCUUCCCAGAAAAAUACAUUUUUAUCUUCAGUGUCAUCAGCUGGUGACUGGAAAAUGAAGCAAUCAGGCUCGCCAACACACUGUGACAGAGACAAUGCAGAAUUAACUGUAGAAGACAAGAACACUGCUUUGUCAUCAUUAUCUCUGUCAUCUUCCAGCCUUAAAACAGAUGAUUUUACUGAUCUAUUACAUGACAAUGAGGAAACUGAGAGGAAACUACCAUAUACAGAUAUGCAUUUAAUACACUCCGGCCCCACCGUUGUGGUCAGUGCUGGAAGGCAAGCAGACAGGUCAGAUGACAUGCAAAGCCAUAGGGUUACAUUUAAGGCUGUCCAAAACCCCAAAACUGGUGAGAAUGCCAAAACUAUUGAUAGAACUGUGAAAUCUUUAAGUCUUAAUUCAGUUGAAAAUGAACCAGCAAUAAGAAGGUGGACAAGUACACCAAACAGCAAAGCUACUAGCAAACUGAGAGUGAAGUUUUGUUACCCAUGUUCACGACAGGGCAAGUACCAGAUUGCAUCCAGUUUCUGUGAAAACUGCCGGCCCCAUGGAGCGCACAUCUGCUCCCAGUGUCGCAGCCACCACACCAAGUUCCCUGAGCUGGGCACCCAUAGGAUCCGCAGUGCCAUCACAGACACAUGCUGUGAGGAACAGACAAACGGGUCCACCAGGAAAACAGCAUGUCAUAGCAGUCAGGAUAGUCUCAUGACUACAGCUGACAUGCAAGCCUGCUCAUACCAAGAUGCCCAACAACUGAUAGACGACUAUGAAAGGUACAAGGUGAACAUCCAGUCUGUGAAACAGAAGAGAGCAGCGGACAAGAACAACCUCAACAAAGAUAAAACCAGAAUUCAGGCCACCAUACUGGAUAUCAGGAGGAAACUCAAUGAGCAGCUGGACUUUCUUGAAGCUUCUGCACUAGAUGAACUGGACAGAAGGUUUGGAAGGGCUGAAGACAAGGUGCUACAGGAUCUCAGGGCAUUGGAAACACUCCUUCAUGAGUGGAAGAGGACAAUGGAUGAUUAUGUGAAUGAACAUUUUGAUGAUGAUGAUGAUGAUGAUGGUGAUGAUGCAAAGAAUAGUGUUGGUGAAAUGAAUGACAUUAGUUCUGAUAUGGCAAUUAAAUCAGACAGGAUUUUAAAUAAAGCAAAACAUAACAUUGGUAGUGCAAAGUUAGAUUUUGUCAAGGAUAUAAAUCUGGCAGAUGACAAACUUGAUCUCAAGUCAUUUGGUUCUUUUGUUGAGCCAAAUAUAGAAGAGUUCUAUGCAUGUCUUCAUGGAGACUAUGAUGUUCAGGGUGAUUCAGAUGAUGACGACUGUGAUAUAACAUCAUGCUGUGUUCUCAAAUCAGGCACAGUGAUUCUUGUUGACAGCUUGAAUGCUAAAGUAAAGAAGGUUGACCAAACUUACAGUGUAUCAGCCUCCGUUGUCAUGCCAGAUAAGCCAUGUGAUGUGUGUGUAGCAGAGGAGGAUGAGGUUGCAGUCACUGUGCCUAGAAACAAGACUGUACACUUCCUGGAUACCAAACAUAACAUGAAACUAAAGGAUGAAAUAUUUGUGGGUCAUCCCUGUUUCAAUGUUGACUACUAUGAUGGCAAUGUGUAUGUGACCUAUGACUGGCCAAAGCAGAUAUCGGUGUUCACAAGGGCAGGCACAUGGAUAAAAACCUUCAGGAAAUAUAGUCCACAAACUUCUACCGUUACAUAUUCAUCAUCCACAUCUUCCAGUGAUGUCAGUGACAAACUGGAAACCGCAAAACCUGACAAGAAGAUAUCUGCUUCAUUGAAUAGCUUAAAAAGCAAAACUAACAAACUUUUUAGACUUUCACUUCCAAAGUCGAAAUCAAGAUCAGACCCUAGAAAAGCCAUAUUUGAACAGCUUGAAGAAAUUAUAGUGUGUCCUGUAUUUCAAACUGUCUAUGCUUGUGAUUUAGAUCAGGGCUUAGUGAUGAUAAAAGAUAACGGUAAUUCUGUCGAGUACAUUCGCAACUUUAAAUCACUGCCCGUCUUUGCAGCUAAAAGAAUAUGCAGAGGAAUGAAGACAAACUUCUUCCUGUAUGGCAAAAGUGAAAGAACAAACAAACAUGGCAUAAUGCAUGUUGAGAGACAGAAGGCAGUGCAUGUUAUGGAAGGGGAUGAGGACUUUGUGCAAACCCUUCCUGACAUUGAAGCAAUAUGCUUUGAUUCUACCACAAACAGGAUAAUCCUCACCCUGAAUGGCAGUAACUCAAUCAGAGUAUUUGAAAUAACCUGAUCCAAAACAUGGACUACUAUAUUGCAAUGAUGUGAAACUCAAGCUCCAUAAAUCAUAAUGUUAUACAUCCGCAGUGCUGACCUGGUAAAUUGCCAAUAGUGACAAGACAUGGAUUUGAUGUGGAUCCACAUGCAAACAAUCGGCAUUUCUGGACUGAUGUCUGUACAAAUUUGUUAACAAUUAUACAAUGAGA